AUGCUAUCCACUCGAGGUCUACUUGGAAGUCGAGUAUUGAAUUCACUUGUUAGCCGGAAAAUAUCAUCUCCAAUUUCCAGGCUUUACUCUGAUCAACCGGUAAAAACAACGAAAAAGAAGAAAACAGGACAAACAGCAGAUAUUUCUCAAGUCCCAAUAAAAAGCAUAGGAGUCAUUGCCGAUUUUUAUGUUCCUCCAAAGUAUUUGGCUUCACCAGUUUCCAGUUGGCUUCGAUUGUUUUUACGUAGAAUGGGAUUAUUUGCAAUCAACACCUACAGCGUAGUGAAAUAUAGAAGAGAGACUGGAUUGAAGUUAAAGUUUAAUGAUUGGAAAGAACAAGCGAUCGAAAAGCAAGUGAAGGCAAAUAAAAUUUUUGCAGCUGCAUGUAACUUACCGUUGGCAGAGAGAGAACGCUAUUUGAAAGAUCAAUUAAAUGGAAUAGCAGGAGACGAGGUGUUGAAGAGCAUGGUUAUGAGGGCUGUUACAUUUCCACCUGGUAUGAAGUUAACAUGGGAUUUGAUUUCUGUCGAAUCUAAUCCAAAGAUAGUUUCUUUUAAUUGUCUUCCUGAUUCCAAUAACAUCACUACAUAUAUACAGUUCGUGGUUAAAGUAAGAACGAAGCAGAAGGUAACACUCGAACAAUCGAAGAAUGAAUCCAAGGAAACGGAAAGAGUCAUAACUGAUAAUUUAGUUUACACCUUAAAUCCUUUUUCGGACGAAACUGUUUUGGUUGGAAGUUUAUUUGACUCUGACUCCAACAGAGGAGUUCAGCCAGAGAUCAACUUUACCAAUUCUCUGGUAAUGGUUGCAUUCCAAAAAAAGUGUGCCGACAUCUUUAGAUCGAAUAAAACCAAAUAA